AGAAAAAAGAACCAACUAAAAGCUUCUUGUUGUGUAGUCGCCUUCGUGCAGCCUCCCUUUCCCUCUCCUCUCCACCACCUUCGGCUGCCACUUUCGCCGCCCGCCUCCACCGCCCUCUUCCCAACCACACCACGCGCCGUCUCUCCUCCGGCAUCCCGCUUCCCGUGACCGCCGCCAUCCACCUUCCGGAUCAGAUUUUCUCCCCUCCGACGCCAGCAACUGCGCCUCCACUGCUAUUUUCUCGGCCCGUGCUGCGAUGGAGUGGCCGCCGCCGCGCAGGCUCCUUCUUCUGUUCCUGCUUGCUUUUUCUUGGCGGCUUGGAGGAGGAGCAGGGAUUGGAGGGUUCGGAGUUGGAGCUGAGGAGUUGAGCAGUAAUGGAGCUUCUUUUAGUCGUAGAUUGCUGCAGAUUGGUGGUGAAAACCAAGGUGCCGGGUACCUUUUCUCACAUGCACAAGCUCCAAAAUCAGGACCAGUGUCUGCUCCAUCACCCUCAGCGUUCAUAUCAUCACCACCAGAAGGUGCACCAUCGCCAUUUUAUUCACAACCAACGCCACAGCGAUCCCCUUUACGCCAUGAUCCAUCAAUAGACCUUCCACACCCGCUUAAGUUUAAGCCUGCAGCUGGGGGAGCUGGGCACGAUCAUUCGGCUCAAACUCCAUCUCACUCUGUGCAUAAGCAUUCCUGGACAACCUAUGGUUUAGUUGCAGCAGGGGUUGCUGCCUUCCUUAUCAUAUCAGCAGCUGGUGCUCUCUACUGCCGAGCUAAAAGGGUGGGGACUGUGAAACCUUGGGUCACAGGACUUAGCGGACAACUGCAAAAAGCUUUUGUAACAGGUGUGCCUGCACUCAAACGAUCGGAGCUGGAAUCAGCGAGCGAGGAUUUCAGCAAUAUAAUUGGUUCUACAUCUAGCUGCAUGAUGUACAAGGGAACUUUAUCGAGUGGAGUUGAAAUUGCAGUUGCGUCAAGUUUGGUAACAUCUGCAAAGGAUUGGUCCAAAGAAUGUGAAUCACAGUACAGGAAAAAGAUCACAAGUUUGUCCAAAGUAAACCACAGGAAUUUUAUGAACUUGCUUGGCUACUGUGAGGAAGGGCAUCCUUUUACCAGAGCCAUGGUAUUUGAAUACGCUCCAAAUGGGACACUUUUUGAGUAUCUGCAUGUGAGAGAAGCCGAGAAGCUGGACUGGGUAACGCGGCUGAGGAUAUCCAUGGGCAUCGCCUACUGCCUCGAGCACAUGCACCAGCUGAGCCCACCCGUGGUGCCGAGGAGCUUGGACUCGACCACCAUAUACCUCACCGACGACUUCGCCGCGAAGGUCUCAGACCUCGAAUUCCCAGACGACGCGAAGGGACCGUCACCUCGUUCAACCAAUGGCGCCCUCGACCCCUCAUCGGAGCUGGAAAACGCCGUGCACAGGUACGGCGUGGUGCUGCUGGAGAUACUGACGGGGAGGGUGGCCUGCUCCGACGAGGACGGGCCGCUGGAGCGGUGGGCGUCCCGCUACCUGGACGGCGAGGUGCGGCUCGCGGAGCUGAUGGACCCCAGCAUCGGCUCCUCCUUCUCCGAGGAGGCCGCGCGCGCGCUGUGCGAGGUGGCGAGGUCCUGCGUCGACCCGGACCCGAAGAGGAGGCCGGCGAUGGCGGAGGUCGCGGCGCGGCUCAAGGAGAUCACGGCGCUCGGGCCCGACGGGGCGACCCCCAAGGUGUCGCCGCUGUGGUGGGCCGAGCUUGAGAUCAUGUCUUCUUCUGACAGCUGAAGUUGUGACCGAAAGUUGUUUGAGUUGUUUGGUUGCUGCUGCUGAUCUUGUUUGUGGAAUUGGUAGCCAGGUAGAGACUACAGAGUGUUUCAAGUUUGCUUCAGGAUUGCAAAUAGUCAGUGGUGGGUGCUCUGUAAAAAAAGAGGGCGGCCGUCCGUGAGUUAACUGUCAGCCGAGUGAGCUGCAAUACAGCUAACUCUGAACCAUAUUGUCUACAGCUCUCAUAAUUCUUCUACCCAAAGUUCAUGAA